UCAAGUGAGCAAUAUAGAAAGAGAGAGUUCGAAAGUAGGUCUUAAGCCGCUCAGUCAGUUGCUGACCGCGUGUGUGAGUGAUUGGUUGGCAUAAUGAUUACGCUAUUUUGCAUACUGAUCGUCCUCGGUUUAAGUCAUUGCGAUGAUCUUCCAUUAAGAAUCGACCUUAAGAGCUCGAACGAUCGAAUAAACAAUGAAGUCGAAAAAUUGAGUCGCCAGGAUUCGACCUUACCGCAACUCAAUAAUCUAGAAGAAAUUAGUAUUUAUAAUAGUGAUGUAAAAAAUGAAGUAAUAAGACGACAAAAUCCAGAGGAAACGGCCGAGACUACCACUAAUGACAAUCAGGAUCUCGCGAACACUACGACGACAUCACAAUCUACAGAAUCUACGGAUGUUUCCACGACAACGAUCUCAACUACCACAACCACGACGACGGCUUCAGAUUCCGCGAGAGACAGUUCAGGCCUCGUGGGUGCAUCAACACCGGCUUCAACGUCAUCAACAUCUACAGGCACAAAUCUCGUGGCACUGGAGGAAUCCUUUGGCGGUACCACUCGUGCACCGGAUCCCGUCUUACCGACCAGGCGAAGAAGCGGGUUGUAUUUUCUUGUAGACUGGAAUAGUUUUCUCGAAGUUGGCGACGAUGACCAAAAAAUAAAUCUGAGAUUCCAGCCGAAAGUCGGUGACAGAUCGAGAUUUUUACCAGUCACAGUGCCGUAAUUUAUGAGAGAGAGAGAGAGUGUCGUAAUCUAUCAAUUAUAAUACAGUAUUGCUGAUCAAUGUCAAUCUAAUCAGCAAACUCAUUAUCGUAAGAUUUUUGAAGAUCUAAAAUAUCUUUCGUCCUUAAUAGUUUUUGUUGCAUAAUGUAGACGUGCAAUUAAGGCGUUAAGUUAAUUUUAACAAAUAAACGGAAACAUCCAAAAAUUAAUUAUACUGCUCUGCAUAGGUGUGUUAUUAAUU